AAAGAGACAGAGAAGCUGUCACCGAGCAGAGUCUAUAACUUGCUCACAUGUAACCGCCAGCGGAGGAAAAACAUAACAAUUACACGGACUUACAAAAGCUGUUCAUUUCCGUGACUGAUGGAAUGGACAUGUACGAGCCGGCAAUGAGAACUUGUGUGUUCCGAGUGGUCAUGUGAGCGCUGCGGGCUCCAAGAAGAAACUCAUAGCAGGAAUGUGUCAGUGGAUGAAGUGGGCUGUUCUGUACAACCCAUCAUGGAUAUAAACUGUUGGCCUGAUCCCAGAACUUCCUGUCUGGUUGGCCCCUACUUCAGUACACCUCCCUGUGUCUGAGCUGUGACACCAUGACACAGAUGGAUUACAAAUACAGCCUGCUGGGCUCUGCAAUGGAUGACUAUCGCAAGAGGCCGUUGCUCCUGCAGGUGGAUGAGGCACCCAUUAACUUAUUUGCAGUCCUGGAGGUGAAACGGGAACUGCCAAGGCGCUGGAGCACACUGGGCUGCUUUCGCAAGAUCCGUGUCUACAGCUUCAUGUUCGGUCUGGCGGUUAUGUUCCUCAUCAUGGCUUCAUACAUUCUGACAGGAGACAAGAAGCGCCUCCUCCUCACCCCUUCUCCCUACCACUUUAGCAGCCUUGUCAGCCCUGGACCUUUUGCCUUCAACCUCUCUUCAAUCAAGCACUACGCACAUGUCAAACUGGUGGUCAAAUCCAUCACAUCCAAGGUGGAGUUUAGCAGCAGUCGACAGCUCCCAGAGUUUAAGGCUCUAGUUAACAGUGAGCCACAUAUGUUUUCUGUUAUACCCAGCAAAUUCCUGCAUGGUGUUAGGAACCCCUGUUGGUAUGAGGAAUACAAUGGGAAUAUCACUUCAGACCCAUACAGGAUAAACUUGUAUGCACGCUAUUCAAGACGCUUCCGGAUUGUGUUUCAGCAGUUAAGGAACACUUUUCGAGAACACUUGAUCCACCACAACGAGAAAAUCUACCGCAUUCGGUGCCUUCCUUAUUUCUAUAUCAUUGGCCAACCAAAGUGUGGCACAACGGACCUGUAUGACAGACUGAGAUUGCACCCAGAUAUCAAGUUCACCACUUUCAAAGAACCACACUGGUGGACCCGCAAGAGGUUUGGUAUUAUUCGUCUCAGCGAGGGCUUCCAUGAUCGAUACCCAGUGGAAGACUACCUGGACUUGUUCGAUCAGGCUGCUUACCAAAUACAGGGCAAUCUCACAGCAAAUGCCAGUGGAACCCCUAGCCACCCUAACAUCAUCAUAGGAGAAGCCAGCGCAUCCACCAUGUGGGAUAAUAACGCUUGGAUGUAUUUCUAUGACAACACCACAGCGGGAGAGCCUCCCUUCCUUAUCCAGGACUUCAUCCACGCCCUGCAGCCUAAUGCCCGCUUCAUUGUUAUGCUCAGGGACCCAGUGGAAAGGCUCUACUCUGACUACCUUUACUUUGGUAUUGCCAAUAAGUCAGCAGAGGACUUCCAUGAAAAGGUGUCCGAGUCGCUGCAGUUAUUCGAGGAGUGCCUUACGGAGUACACAAUGCGCUCCUGUGUGUACAACACUACUGUCAAUAAUGCCAUGCCAGUCAGAUUGCAAGUUGGUCUCUACAGUGUGUACUUAAUGGACUGGCUGACUGUCUUCAGCAAGGAACAGAUUCUGGUCCUGAGGUUGGAAGACCAUGCCUCAAAUAGGAAAUACACAAUGCACAAAGUCUUUGAUUUCCUUAACUUGGUGGGUGAAGCUGCACCAGUAACUUCUGCUGUAUCUAGGUCAGACCAAGUAACAAUCACCACACAAGUCUCAGCUGCAUGCAGUCACAUUAACGGACAGCCACACACACAACACUACAAUGUACUGACAUAGGAUGUUGUUUAGUGUAGCGGGUCUACCAAGUCACAACAGUCUAAGUGUCUCUGCAUGUCUCUCGUGCGUCUCUGAGUUGCUCAGCUCACUAAAAACAUGAUUAUUUUGGAUAAUUCCCUAAACAGUAAUAACAUGUGAUAACACUAAUGUUUGUCCACCAUGUUUAGUAAGAAAACUUGAUAUAUUUUACAUCUUUUGAUGUGGUGUCCAUUCUUGCACUGUGGCUCUCUUAGUCAAGGUUGUAGGUUUGUCUCAAUGAAGCCAUGAGGAACAUUAACAGAAAGCCGUCGCUUUACAAUCAGCAGUAUUACAUAUCCUGUGUCUAAAAAGGGCUAGUGAUGUUUCAGAAUCCUUUACUGUACUUUCUUCCAUUUGUUUAGUGCUGUGGCAAAAUCUGCAGUGGCCCAGAAAGCAGGGAUGUGAAUGAAGUGUUUUUGCGUAUUUUAUAGGGCCGGUGACAAAAGAAGUAGAGUCAGACAUCACAAGAAGUCCAGCAUCAAACACCAGGAGGCCAGCUGACAAAAACCUGGGACCCAUG